AUGGCGAACCACGAAGAGGACCACCACUACCACCCCCAGGAUGCUGUCUCAGCAGCCACCAAGACCACCUUGAUGACUGGUGGUAUUGGUCUCUUUGCCUCGGCCGUGCAGAACACCCUGGUCAGGCAGAACGUCGGCCCGCUGGGUAUCUUCAUGCGCAGCGGCAGCACCAUCACUAUCCUCGCCGCAAUGGGUGGUACCUAUGAGUUCGCCAAGACCGCCUCGGCCAACCUGCGCGAGAAGCAGGACCCUUUGAACACUGCCAUCGGUGGUUUCUUCUCCGGUGCGAUCCUGGGUCUUCGAGGUCAGUUACGGACAUGCAUGAACUAUAGCAUCGCAAUUGGGUCGACUCUGUGGUAUACUGACCAGUUUUUAGCCCGCUCCCUCCCCGCCGUUCUGGGAUACGGCGUGGCCCUCUCGACCGGCCUGUUCGCGUUCGAUUACACCGGUGGCUCCCUCUUCGGAUAUGACAAGGACAAGACUGAGGAUGAGUUCGACCGCCGGACGAAGCUGCGCAAGGCUUUCCAGACCCCCGCCGAGCAGACCUUUGCUGAAUUGGGUGAGGGACGCGGCAUCUACGGCCCCAACUAUGAGGAGCGCCGCGCAGAGCGCAUCAAGGAGGCAUACGGCAUUGAGGUCCCCAGAUCCCCAGUCCCCGCAUCAUAA